ACUUUAUUAACAAACGGGUGAACAAACGCACAAAGGAAAUUUUCGAGACUUCCUUAUCAGAGCGGUUUACUCAAAUAAGCAGCCCUCCUGUGUCGCCGUGCGUGGCGGCUCCCUCCGGUGGACAGGCCUUGACAGCAGUUCGCGCCUACCGUCUCCCCCCACGGACUACGGGGGGGGGUUCUUCACUCACGGCUGUCGCAACGGCAGUCUUCAGGGCUGGCGGCAAGCGAGAGAGAGACAAUAGAAACUAGCACUGAUCCCAGGGAUGACAUAAAACUUAAAAUGGAUGAAGAUAUGAAAGAAAUGAUCUGGGAGAGUGAACAUAACUCGACGUGUAAAGCACAUUUCAAAGACUCAGCACUUGAUUCUUUCUCUACAUACAAUUAUGAGUACACUCCUGGGCAUCCUAGGCGAUUUGAAAGAUCUAUGGCCACGUCUAUUCAUAAACCCAUCUUCUACUCUGAAACUUUAAAAGGAGACAAGAAGGUAAUGUCUGUUCACAACAAUACGACAUUGGCCUCAUCGGUUGAUUUUCUUAGGGCUAAACAAAAUGGAAAUGGACAUUCUUCUAUAUUCCCAGCACAGCUUGUGUUCUCUCAGAAGCAAAAACCAGCAAAGAAUCCCCAUGUAGAAACAGGAACAUUAAGUGGAGCUACAAAUUCAGUUGCUGCAAAGCCAAAUCACACUUUUGGUUCGGCUUUUGAGAAGUCCUUUCCUAUUAAGAAUGCUACGUGUUCAACCCCGUGGAGUGCAGCUAGUCGGCGGAGCCCAAAGAAGAUGCAAAGACGACCAUUUAGUACAGUAGAAGAAACUGUACGGGAAGAUGAAAAAGAACUCUAUAGACAGUUACUGCAAGCAGUGACAGGAAGAAGUUUUUUCCGUACAACGCCAGUGUCUUUUCGUUCUCCCCAAGUAUCCCAGUAUUUAAGUUCUAGCAGCGUUUCUGCUCCUCCUGUCCUUUCUAGUCUGAGCUCAUUGGAGCCUUCUGCUUUGGACGUGGAACCCUUAUGCCAGCCAUCCUUCAGUUCAACUUCAUCAGAUCAGUCAUGCACAUCCCUGUUAAAUGAUGCCACAAAUUUUAAGCCUUCCUGUGAAAACAGAAACUUGAGUAGGCAUCACCUACACAGUGAGCAGAUUCAUCCCAGCCAAGAGCAGCGUCAAGACCCAAAUACAGAUUCAGUCAUUGUAGUUGAUUCAGUUUCCAAACGUGAUGAUCAUCGCAGCACACCUUUCUUCAAGGCAGAGCUCUGGAUUAAAGAACUCACCAGCCUAUAUGAUUCAAGGGCAAGAGAACGAAGGCGACUAAUAGACGAGCAAAAAGCAAUUGCAUUAAAACUUCAAAACCAGAGGCUGCAGGAACGUGGUGUGAAAGACAAUAUCAAUUUGAAGCUGCGCGUACCACUUGAAAAAGAAAUCCCUGUUACAUUACUUCCAAAACCAGUUGAAGAAUCUGCCCAGGAGGGGCCAGAAUUUCCAGAGCUUACACAGGAAAUGGGAAAGGAAAUUAAGAGUGCUCUAUUUGGUGGAAAUAAUGAUCAAGUCCUUAGUGAAGGUUUUCGCUUGACAAUUACACGUAAAGAUAUCAUGACUCUUCAUAGCUUAAACUGGCUAAAUGAUGAGAUAAUAAAUUUCUAUAUGAACCUUUUGAUGGAAAGAAGUAAACGAAAAGGUUUGCCCAAAGUCCAUGCUUUCAACACGUUCUUUUUUCCAAAAUUAAAAUCGGCUGGGUUUCAAGCUGUGAAGAGGUGGACAAAAAAGGUGGAUGUAUUCGCUGCAGAUAUUUUAUUGGUUCCGGUUCAUCUUGGAGUUCAUUGGUGCUUAGCUGUGAUCGAUUUUAGGAAAAAGACAAUAACGUACUAUGACUCAAUGGGAGGCCACAACAAUGAAGCCUGCAAGUUAUUACUGCAAUAUCUGAAGCUAGAAAGCCAAGACAAGAAAGGUGUCAGUUUCGACUGUAAUGGAUGGUCUCUGAACAGUAAGAGAAGUCGGGAAAUUCCCCAGCAAAUGAAUGGAAGUGACUGUGGAAUGUUUACUUGCAAAUAUGCAGAUUACAUUACCAAAGAUAAGACCAUCACCUUCACACAGCAUCACAUGCCAUAUUUUAGGAAACGAAUGGUUUGGGAAAUACUUCACCAAAAACUACUUUGAUGUAAUGUUGUAUUGCCAGUUACUUUGUUGAGGAUUUCUCUCCUCUUCAUGAAGUUUAAAUAUGGACCAACAAAUAUAAAGUAUAUUUUUCCACUUGUUUACAGAAUAAAUAUAUCGCAUUGUUAUUUAUGACAGCUGUCUGUCAAAUGCCAAUUGAUGUGGAUUUUUUUUUUUUUUACAAAAGAUUCUAUAGUUGUAUGUAUUAAAACUGGUUUAAAACUUUAUAUUUUGAAGGCAGAAAACCACUUUCAGAUGAAUUCCUGUACAGGAUCUUCAUUGUCUACACAGGCAUUGGUUGCCAUUUUAUAUUCUAAAAACUAGUAGUGGGGAUAGCAUUUUCAGCACGACUCAGAAUUUACUUUUGUACAUUGAAACAAAACACACCUUUUUCUAUAAUCAAAGCUGUUGGCUGUUUUAUACCAAUAUGUACUUAGAUGCAACAUUGCAAAUGGUAUCCUGUUUUCAAAUUUUUGUAUAUCUUAAAAACACAGUGGAAUUUACUGAGACAUAAUGGAAUGUGUGUUAUGUUUAUACUUUACUAUGUUAGUCAUAUUUGUAUUGGUGUCUUUCAGUUUCCAGCCUACCUCAGUUGUUAUUGGCUCGUCAAAGCUGGACAUGGGCAAGAACUGAGUAAAAUGACCAGCAGAGCAGAUAUAUUGUGUUUUGAAGACUAACACACAUUUUGGCAUAACUGCUAUAUAUAAAUAUAUCCCCCCUCCCCCUAAUUUUGAAGGGUUAUUGUUUUUGAUGGUCUAGCUGGCUGCAAAAAAGUUUUUGUAUACAAAUGUUAAAACUGCUCAAGUCAUCUGAUUUUUUGUAUUGGCCAUCGGCUAUUUACUUGACUUUUUAUUUAAAUAAACCUUAUGACUUUUUUUUUUUGUAAA